AAAAUGGGGAAAAUGGUGAGAAAAUGUGAAAAGCACGCGAGAAUGCAGUGAUGUGAAGGCGAAGGGAAAAUGAUAGUGGUUGUUGCUGUCCAUACAGUUACCUGGCUCAGCUUGUUUAUCAGGCCGUCUUGUUUCCACAACUACCCUUUCCUCUCUAUCUCACAUUACUCACUAAAAGAAAAAACACUACUAUAUUGCUUCUUCUCUCUACCACUGUCGGAGACUCUCUCCUCUCUUGGCAUUUUCUCAUCGCAGCGAAAUUGAUCGUUUUUUGGUUCAGAGAUACAGAUACAGUUCUGGUUAUUGAGGUGGAGCUGGAUUUCAGUGAUGGAAGCAGCAGGGGAAGACUGUUGCGUUAAGGUUGCGGUCCAUGUACGGCCGCUCAUCGCCGACGAGAAGCUUCAAGGCUGCAAAGACUGUGUUACCGUCGUUCCUGGGAAGCCUCAGGUACAAAUUGGUGCUCAUUCCUUUACAUUUGAUCACGUUUAUGGAAGCACUGGCUCUUCCUCGAGUGGCAUGUUUGAAGAAUGUGUUGCUCCUCUUGUUGAUGGUUUGUUCCAAGGGUAUAAUGCUACUGUUCUUGCAUAUGGUCAGACAGGUUCUGGGAAAACGUACACAAUGGGAACUGGCUUGAAGGAUGGUUGCCAAACAGGAAUAGUACCCCAAGUUAUGAAUGUCUUGUUUAACAAAAUUGGAACCUUAAGAAACCAGAUUGAAUUUCGGCUGAAUGUUUCCUUUAUUGAGAUUCUUAAAGAGGAAGUGAGAGACUUGCUGGAUCCCUCCUCCGUGAGCAAAUCGGACACUGCAAAUGGACAUGCAGGAAAAGUGAUUUCUCCUGGAAAGCCACCAAUACAAAUUCGUGAGACUUCAAAUGGUGUCAUUACCCUUGCUGGAUCUACUGAAGUCAGUGUUACAACGCUAAAAGAAAUGGCUACUUGCCUAGAACAGGGUUCAUUGAGCAGAGCAACUGGAAGCACAAAUAUGAACAACCAAUCAAGUCGAUCGCAUGCCAUCUUCACGAUUACAUUAGAGCAAAUGCGGAAGCUCAAUAUUCCUGGCGACAACAACUUGAAUGAUGCAAUGAAUGAAGAGUAUCUUUGUGCAAAGUUGCACUUAGUAGAUCUAGCUGGAUCAGAACGAGCUAAAAGAACAGGUUCUGAUGGUUUGCGUUUUAAAGAAGGAGUCCACAUUAACAAAGGCCUUCUUGCACUUGGUAAUGUUAUUAGUGCACUUGGUGAUGAAAAGAAGCGGAAGGAAGGCAUUCAUGUUCCGUACAGGGAUAGUAAACUUACUAGGCUUCUGCAGGAUUCUCUUGGAGGUAACAGCAGAACUGUUAUGAUAGCCUGCAUAAGUCCUGCUGAUAUUAAUGCUGAGGAAACCCUUAACACUUUGAAGUAUGCAAAUCGUGCGCGUAAUAUCCAAAAUAAGCCUGUUAUCAAUAGAGACCCCAUGUCAACUGAGAUGCUAAAGAUGCGCCAACAGCUAGAGUAUUUGCAGGCAGAACUUUGUGCUCGUUCUGGCAACUCUUCUGAGGAAGUUCAGGUCCUUAAGGAAAGAAUUGCUUGGCUUGAAGCUACCAAUGAAGAUCUCUGCCGGGAACUUCAUGAAUACCGCAGUAGAUGCUCUGUUGUAGGACAAUGUGACAAGGAUGCUUAUGAUAGUAGUGCAUGCAAUGUGAAGAUUGAUGGUCUUAAGCGGAGCUUACCUAUCAUAGCACAUGAUUAUUCAAUGAGUGAAACAGCUGGUGAAUCUAGGGAAAUUGAAGAAGUAACCAAAGAGUGGGAGCACACACUUCUGCAAAAUAGUAUGGACAGAGAGUUACACGAGUUGAAUAAACGCUUGGAGCAGAAGGAGUCUGAGAUGAAACUUUUUGGUGUAUCCGAUGCUGAAGUACUCAAGCAGCACUUUGGAAGGAAGAUUAUGGAACUGGAGGAUGAGAAGAGAGUAGUGCAGAGAGAGAGAGAUCAUCUUCUGGCUGAAGUUGAAAACCUUGCUGCCAAUUCUGAUGGACAAACACAGAAACUAGAGGAUACCCAUGCCCAAAAACUGAAAGAACUUGAAGCACAGAUUCUUGAUCUGAAGAAGAAGCAAGAGAGCCAGGUCCAGCUUACGAAACAAAAGCAAAAAAGUGAUGAAGCGGCAAAGAAACUGCAAGAUGAGAUUCAAGCUAUAAAAGCCCAAAAGGUUCAAUUGCAACACAGGAUCAAACAAGAGGCGGAGCAGUUUCGACAAUGGAAGGCUUCUAGAGAGAAAGAGCUGUUGCAGUUAAGGAAAGAAGGAAGAAGAAAUGAGUAUGAAAGGCAUAAGCUCCAGGCUUUAAAUCAGCGCCAGAAAAUGGUCCUUCAGAGAAAAACGGAAGAGGCUGCAAUGGCCACCAAGAGGUUAAAGGAGUUGUUAGAAGCUCGUAAAGUUUCUAGCCGAGACACUUCAGUUAUAAUUAAUGGAAGUGGAACAAAUGGCCAGACCAAUGAGAAGUCCUUACAGCGGUGGCUUGAUCAUGAAUUAGAAGUCAUGGUCAAGGAGCACGAAGUUCGUUUUGAAUACGAGAAACAAAGCGAAGUGCGAGCUGCCCUUGCUGAGGAAUUAGCAAUGUUGAAGCAAGUAAAUGAAUUUGCUGCCAAAGGUCUUAGUCCUCCAAGAGGAAAGAAUGGAUUUGCCAGAGCAUCCUCCAUGUCACCAAAUGCAAGAACGGCCAGAAUAGCUUCACUGGAGAGCAUGCUAAGCAUAUCAUCUAAUUCACUUGUGGCAAUGGCUUCUCAGCUUUCCGAGGCAGAAGAACGAGAACGGGCCUUCACAAAUAGGGGACGCUGGAAUCAGUUGCGCUCAAUGGGAGAAGCCAAGAAUUUGCUUCAAUAUAUGUUCAAUUCGGUCGCAGAUGCUAGGUGUCAACUCUGGGAGAGGGACAUGGAGAUCAGGGAAAUGAAAGAUCAAAUCAAAGAACUUGUUGGUCUGUUACGCCAAAGUGAGAUGAAGAGAAAGGAAACCGAGAAGGAGCUAAAGAUGAGAGAGCAAGCUGUUACAACCACGUUGGCUACACCAACUUCUGGAAACACUCCAAAUUCAUUGAAACACUAUGCUGAAGAUAUGAAGGGUCCCUUAUCUCCAAUGUCUGUGCCAGUACCAAAACAGCUAAAAUUUACACCUGGGGUUGUUAAUGGCUCUGUGAGAGAAUCGACAGCCAUAGAUCAGGGUAGACGGAUGGUACCUAUCGGGCAUCUUUCGAUGAAGAAACUAGCAAUUGCAGGACAAGCUUCAGGCAAACUAUGGAGGUGGAAACGAAGUCAUCAUCAGUGGCUGUUACAAUUCAAGUGGAAGUGGCAGAAGCCAUGGAGACUAUCAGAAUGGAUUCGGCACAGUGAUGAGACAAUAAUGAGAUCAAAGCCACGUUCACAGGCUUUGACACAUAUCUUGUGAUCAUUACUGUGGCUCGGUAUUUUUUGAGCCACAAGAAUGACCCUAGUCACAAGGCCCUGGAAAUAACAGAACACUGGGUUCAGCAGCGUAAUAUAAGUAAGUGGUUGCUGAAAGAUAUGCACCUAUCAAUCUUCAAUAAGGCUGUCCAGAUUUUGCAUAUUCUGCCAUAAUUGCUGUGUAUGGAGCAUCUUGUGAGGUGUGCUGCAAAGGAAUGUUGCCCACUGCAGCGCAAAUCUCGGGAAAUAAAAAAUACAUGCGUAGAUCUUCACUAGUCAAAUUAUGUUUGAAAUUAGCUUGUUCAUACCAACACUAGGAGAAAAAUAGGAUAUUUUUUAUGAAGUUCUGAAAAUGUGUAUUGAAGGUCCUUUAUUCCAUGUUGCAAAGUAAGUAUUUUGUGGUAGUUUGUGUUUACCCAAUUGAUUUCGUUGUCCAUAGGUUUUAAGAUGCAUAUUUAAGUCGCAUAAAUGAAGAAAAUUCUUCUGUAGUUUUUUUCCCUAAGAAAAUCCUGUGGGGAUUCUUGUGUGUAAAGAUAGGUUAGCAUAUUGAUAAGAGAUUCUGCAAUACAGGUUUCGUAACAAAAGGAUGAUCACGACGCGUCAACUUUUCCAUUC